GUUGGGGAGUCGACUUCUUUGAUAUUUUAACGAGCAUAUAGUUUAUCACCUCCAACAUUUUGGAGGUUAAGAUUCUAAUUAAGGUGUACACUAAACUUGUUCAAGUUCUGCAGUGUCAGAUUAGGUAUCUAAAAUGUCUGAGUAGACUUCUUCUGGUCAAUUAUAAGGAUGGUUUGGAGAGCUUUAAUUGGCCAAUUCUAUAAUUUUUGACGUUGAGUUUUAGCUGGCACGGGAUUCUAUCAUUAAAUGAGUUCUUGGUUUAGGCUACUUUAAUGAGUACCGUUUAGCUUAGAUGUUGAUUAUCUUUAUAUGUUAAUAUGGUUCUGUUAAGUUUGAUGUGGGUUACCUGAAAGAGUUGAAUAAGAUUGAAUUUGUUGGAUGGAAGUUGAAUUUCUAAGGGGGAAGCAAGGCAUGAAGAACUAACGACUAGAAAGAGGCCCUUCUCCCUACAAACAGAACUUUUUCUGCUGCAUACACAUUAACUUUCUUGACUAAAUAUGAUGUCGGUGAUAAGUCCAUCUUCUAUCAACAAUGUUUCGCUUGUUCCCAUAACCUUGCAUACAGGGAAGAGCAAUAAUUCAACAAGAUUCAGCCUUUUUAGAAAAUCCACCAAACAUACACUUCAUUACCAAAGAUUUGUUUUACCCCUAUCAACUUCGGUUAGACUGUUUCGAAAUUGUAGUAAAAAUUAUUUUUGUAAUCAUGGCCGUAGGAUCCCUAUAUUAUCUGCCUCAGGAACUGAUGUGGUAGUGGAGGAGUCAGAUUCACCAGUUUCUGGUGAAGCUUCAAGUCGAAGCCCAGAGCUUCCGUCCAGCACAGUUUCGACAGAUGAAAAAGACCCUGUUAAAUCAGAUGCUGGUACUGCAGCUUCGACACAGUCAAAGCGUUCAAGACCUGUGAGGAAGAGCGAGAUGCCAGCUGUAAACAAGGAGGAACUCAUUCCUGGUGCAACUUUUACUGGGAAAGUGAGAUCAAUUCAACCAUUUGGUGCCUUCGUUGAUUUUGGAGCAUUCACUGAUGGCUUAGUACAUGUAUCAAGGUUAAGUGAUAGUUUUGUUAAAGAUGUCACAAGUGUUGUUUCUGUUGGGCAAGAGGUGAAAGUAAGAUUAAUCGAAGCAAACGCUGAGACUGGACGAAUCUCUCUCUCAAUGCGUGAAAGUGAUGAAAGGAAAGAAUCUCCUUCCAGCAACGAUAAACCUGGGCCUGGUAGAAAGAACUCUCCAAAACCGAGAAGACAAAAGAGGGAUGAGGUGAAGAAAAGCUCAAAGUUUGUCAAGGGGCAAGAUUUACAGGGCACAGUGAAAAAUAUUACCAGGUCCGGUGCCUUUAUAUCACUUCCUGAGGGAGAGGAAGGGUUCCUCCCCAAUUCAGAGGAAUCUUUUGAAGGAUUUGGGAAUCUUAUGGGAGGCUCUACGUUAGAAAUUGGCCAAGAGGUUGAUGUUAGGGUGUUGCGGAUUGCAAGAGGACAGGUAACUUUGACCAUGAAAAAAGACGAAGACAAAGAAACUUCAGAUUCUCAGCAUCAAGGGAAAGUCUAUGCUGCAACAAACCCCUUCUUGCUAGCAUUUCGUAAGAACAAAGAUAUUGCUGCAUUUUUAGAUGAAAGGGAAAAAGUAGAUGAUGCUGCUAAAAAAACUGUGGUACAGAAGGUUACGGAAAUUGUAGAAGGAAUAGUUGAUGCAGAUCAGACCAUAGCUGAUGAUUCCACCAAAGUGAUAGAUGAGGAAAUAAGUGACGACAAGGAGAAGGAAAGUCUGCCUUCUGUAGUUGAUGAAGCAGUUAGUGAUGAUGAACCUGCAGGUUCAGCUGAUUCAUCUGCUAUGGAUCAAGAUGACUCAGAAAGCAUAUCAUCUAGUUCAGAAAUUAUUGUGGAUGGUGUAGUUGAUACGGACAAGAAAGAAGCAGAGGGCAGUUCUGAGGUUUCUGAAGACAACCAAUUAGCAUCAGACCAGGCAGUUGAUCCAACUAAAGUGUUAGAUGACUCGUCUUCUGAUGUUUCGGUGCCUCAAGAUGAAGGAGAAAGCAUAAUAUCUGGAUCAGACAAUAUUUUGGAUGGUGCAACUGAUACCAUUGAGAAAGAAGCAGGGGAAAGUUCUGAAGUAAAGGCUUCAGAAGACAACCAAUCAGAAAAAGUCCAGGUGGUUGGGCCUGCUCAACCCAUAGAUGGACCUGAGACUGAUGGGAAAGUACUCGCCUCUGAUGAAGAAGCUAGCAAAUUAGUGUCUUCAGAAAGUCCAGUUAGUGAAGAGCUGGUGACUAGUGAAGACAGUGUUGUUGAAGAGAGAGAAAGCGAUGAAAGACAAACAGAUUUGGAAAAUGAAAUUGUUUCUGCUUCUCCAUCUGAAAAAGAAGAGGACAAACCAGAAUCUGAUUCCAACGGUAGUAUUGGGAUCUUAGGUCAAACUACUGAAGAAGUCGCUGAGAGUCAAGUUGAUAUUGAGGCACCUGCUGAAAACCCUGAAGUUCUCUCCUCAACACCAGUUGUAGAAGAAAAGAUAGAAACCGCUCAUGAGAACAGUGCUAAUUCUCCGGAAGAAGUUGCACCUAAAGCUGUGAUAGCACCAGCUUUGGUAAAGCAGCUUCGUGACGAAACAGGAGCAGGAAUGAUGGAUUGUAAAAAAGCUCUGGCUGAGAGCGGAGGUGACAUAGCUAAAGCUCAGGAGUUCCUCAGGAAGAAAGGUUUAGCAAGCGCAGAAAAAAAAGCUAGUAGAGCCACAGCUGAAGGAAGAGUAGGUUCCUAUAUUCAUGAUGGUAGGAUCGGAGUCCUAAUAGAAAUGAACUGUGAAACAGAUUUCGUCUCAAGAGGAGACAUCUUCAAGGAGUUGGUUGACGAUUUAGCAAUGCAAGUCGCCGCGUGCCCUCAAGUACAAUACGUGGUGACUGAAGAUGUCCCAGAAGAGAUCGUGAACAAAGAAAGAGAGGUUGAGAUGCAGAAGGAAGAUCUUCUCUCAAAACCCGAACAGAUCAGAUCAAGAAUCGUUGAUGGGCGGAUAGGGAAAAGACUUGAGGAGUUGGCAUUGCUUGAACAACCAUAUAUUAAGAAUGAUAAGGUGGUGUUAAAGGACUGGGUUAAACAAACUAUUGCUACCAUUGGAGAAAACAUUAAGGUUAAGAGAUUUGUGAGAUACAAUCUUGGAGAAGGCUUGGAGAAGAAAAGCCAAGAUUUUGCUGCUGAGGUGGCAGCACAGACAGCAGCUAAACCUGCUGCUGCAACUGCAACAGUAAAAGAGCAGCCCAGUGCAGAGGAAGCUAAGGAAACUGUUCCCAAGGCUGCAGCUGUUGCUGUUCCUGCUGCGCUUGUUAAAAAACUCCGAGAAGAGACUGGAGCAGGGAUGAUGGACUGUAAGAAAGCCCUCUCUGAAACUGGUGGGGAUCUAGAGAAGGCACAAGAGUACCUAAGAAAGAAAGGCCUUUCGAGCGCGGACAAGAAAUCUAGCCGCCUAGCCGCCGAAGGCAGAAUCGGAUCCUACAUUCACGACUCCCGUAUCGGUGUUCUAAUUGAAGUGAACUGUGAAACUGACUUCGUGGGUAGGAAUGAAAGAUUCAAAGAGUUAGUCGAUGACCUCGCAAUGCAGGUCGUGGCAUGCCCAGGGGUGCAGUAUGUAUCAAUAGAGGACAUUCCAGAAAGCAUUGUCAAAAGAGAGAGAGAGAUCGAGUUGCAGAGGGAGGACCUUCAGACAAAACCAGAGAAUAUCAGGGAGAAAAUCGUUGACGGGCGGAUUUCCAAGAGGCUCGGAGAACUUGUGCUUUUAGAACAACCUUUCAUCAAGGAUGAUAGUAUUUUGGUCAAGGAUUUGGUAAAGCAAACUGUUGCUUCUCUUGGUGAGAACAUAAAGGUUCGUAGAUUCGUUCGUUUCACCAUUGGCGAGGCUGUCGAAGAUGCAAACGUGAAAACUGAAGCAUGAAUGAAGAAAACCGAAUACCGGGCAUUGAGAUUGAAGCUAGAAAUGGAGCCAUGGGUGACAGUACAGAAGAAUAUGAAGCCAUAGCCAAGGUAUUAACUGCUUUUAUGAAAAGAAACUUCGAAUAUUCAUUUUCCUCUCUUUUUUGGUAGCGAAGAGUUGAGUUUACUGAAAAGCUGCUUUGUAGCAUUUUAUUCUGAGAGAUGGUAAAAGCUUUAUUCAUAUUAUUCUCUGCAUUUUCACCGAUUGUUA